GCGGGGCUGACGCACUCACAUCUGGACCAAUAAACAAACAUGGCGGCGGCGGGAGCAGAAUCAACUGUCCGUAUGCCGGGGAUAGUUUUGUCUUCACUGAUGUUUGACCAUCUUAACACCAAUUCUGAUGUGGAAGGUCUUAUUCUUGGGGAAAGCCUUUUUGAGGAGCAGGUCACCAUAAAUGACAGUCAGGCUGAUCAAAUACACAUAGAGGAAAUAUACAAUAUCCAGAAGCAUAUACCAUGUAAAAAGCUCCACAGUUUCUACACCAGUACAGGAGAAGUUGAUCUUGAUGCUCUGAAAAAGCUUUUGGGGGAUUGUAAGCAUGUAAGACCAGAUGUUUUAGAUAAAAAUGUAUUAUUACUAACAUCACCAAUGAAUUUACCUUUCUUUCUAUUUUUAAAGGAAAGUAUAAUCGGAUGGUACAAGCAAAGAAGGAACACCGACCAGCAAAUGACAUUGAGAGAAAAGACUAUUCACAAGAACCUUAAGAAUACUUUGUCCAAUCCUCAUAUGAUAUUUUUGCUGCUAACACCAAGUUACUCUACCUUAUCAGGAUCCACUCACAAAACAGAAUAUGCUGCAUACAUUUUGCGCUGCAGACAGGCGAUUAAUGUUCCAGUGCUGGUAAAUAACUUGGGCUUGCUUGAGCCAGUAUCAUAUUGCAAGGUACCUGCUCUGUGCUCUGCAGUGGGUUUCAGUCUAACCAUGCAAAAACACAGGUCAAAGUUCUUUUCCUCCAAAGGACUUUUAAAUGAAGUGGAGGAGAUUAACAGUGUGAAUGAUUCUCUACAGUCAGAGUUAUAUAACAUGUGCCAAGAUGUCGAGAGCACUGAGAAGCAGCUUGAAGCGCUACAGGCUGAGGUUUCAGCUCUUCGAAGUAAAGUUAUUGAAGAAAAACAAUACAGGCUACAAAAUGAACACAAUGAUCCUCCUCUUGAGCCAAAGAACUUGUUGCUCCAGAACACAGUCCGAGCUCUGUUUGCCUGCUCCCCCUUGUUCCAGUCGCAGACUUUAACCACCUCCGCUUUUCCAAUACUUGACUGCUGCUGUAAUCUUCAAACUGACAAGGAAACUCUUGCAGAUCAAUCAGACCGGCCAUCAGAAGAAGAUAUGGUGUGUCAAAGAAAAUGGGUUUCCCGGAAACGACCCACAGAAUUAUCACUGCGGGCCAAUGACCAUAAACGUAGAAAGAUCUAA